AUGUUCCGCCUCUUCGCCACCGCCCUGCGCGAGGAGCAGCCGCCGCCGCCGCCUUCGCCCCCACAGGCGUCUCAAGACGGCACCGCAACCACCACCGUCGCCGCGCCGCAGCCACCCCCCCACCCCGACCCCCCGCGCAGCCCCCGCCUGCAAGUCGAGCACGCGCGACGCCUAGAAGAAGAGCUCGCGAUCCUGCGCUCGGACCUCUCGACGCAACGCGCCACGCACGCCGAGCAGCUCUCCGCCCAGCACGCCAAACUGACGGCCAAGCUCGCCGCGCAGCGCGACAAGUUCGAAUCGCGCGUCGCGCGGCUGGAAGAGCGCAACGCGUGGCUCGAGGGCGCGGUGGCGAAGCGCGGCGAGGAGAAGGCGUGGCUGGAGCGCCGCAACGACGCGCUCGAGGCGACGGAGAAGAGGCUCGAUCGUCGUGUGGCGGAGCUGGAGGACAGCGUCUUCGAGCUGCGGGCGGAGAAUUGGCGGCUCGCGGGGGAGAGUGUGGGGGUCAGGGCGGAGUUGGAGGGGUUGGUGGGGGAGAUGGCGAAGGUGAGGAAGGGGGCGGAGGGGGUGGCGGAGAGGGCGCGCAGGGCGUUGAUGGGGCUGGGGGCGGGGGAGGGGACGAAGGGCAAAGGGGAGGGGGAGGGGGAGGGGGUCGUGAGUGCUGGGAAGCUGAGGGGAGCGGUGAGAGAGCGGGACGAGGACGGGGAUGGUGGUGAUGAUGAUGAUGAUGAUGAUGUGGGGGAAAGGGAGGAAGGGGAGGAGGAAAGACGCGCGAACGAGCAGGCGACGCCGAGGGGGAGGGAGAUCGAGGCGCCCGACGCGUCGCUGUCUGGAGAGACGCUGACUAGGACGGGCCCGCGGUCGAGAGCCGCCCCCGAGGAAGGGAGGAGCAGAGGUGCUGCUGUUGCUGCUGCUCCGGUGGCGGAUCCCAGGUCGCUCGAGGCGCUGCGCACGCUCGGCGCGUCGCGGAAUGUGAGUCCCAGCCCCACUCCAGAACGUGGCCGCCAGAGACGGCUCGGUGGGAGCGGCGCGGUGACGGCGGGUGGUGCAGGAGGAUCCACGGAAAACGUUGCGAUCCGCCAUUCCAAAAAGCGGCAGCGAGUCGAAUCGGAUACCGAUUCGUGA